GCUGCCCAUCGUCGGAUGGAACGGAACCCGCGUUACGUUUCUUCAUCGUCGUUCAUUUUACAACUAAUGCCGGAUUUCCGCUCGCGGACAAGUUCGCUUCGGACCGAAACCGCCGGACGGGAUGCUGCUCUUCCAAGUGAUCAUCGUAAUUAUCGGGUCGUUAAAGUCUUCCGCAUCGCAGGAUACAAACGAGCUCGAUUUAAUAACUUCCAAUAAUUGUUCGACCAUUGACAAUUUCGACGUACCGCGCAAUCUGACGACCGAAUUGGACCUUCAGGAGAACGAGGAAAGCGAGGAUUCGAUUCCGGACGAAACUCUGUCCGACGAUACGAGGGACAACACAAACGUGUCCCACUUGAAGACUUUGGAUCUGCCGAAAGACUGGGAACGGAUACCUAAACUCAAAUUCCCGAAGACGCUUCAGGAUGAUCGUUACAAAAUGGUGUCCCUUCACCUCGACCAAGGGUUAUUUGUUUUCGAUUUCUUGAGAGGCUUUCUCUCGAUGGUUCAGCCGAACGACGUGCCGAUCGGUCUACUCAGAGAUGUUUUCAGCGACGGACUAACCGUGUCCAAGCUCGUUUCUCAGUCGGCCAACGUUGAGGUUGGAUUCCUGGCACUGGUUGGCAUCUGCUGUCUUCUAGCCACCGUGAUUCCAGCCACUGAGAUAUGGCUGACCUGCAGACCGUCUCACCUGGACUCCGAGCCCUCGCAGCAUCCAGGAAUCCUGUCCUUUCUACUCGGUGUCUGUGUUUCCGUCCUUGGAUCUGGGAUGCUCACGAUGAUGGCUUGCAACGAGACCGCCGGCGCUGCCGUUGAGAAGAUACCCGCCACCAUGCAAACCGCUCUCGAAGACCUCGGCCAUUAUCACACCGGCACAACCACCCAGCUUAGGUUGACUCUAACCAGGAGUCUCGACGUCGCGAGUGAGGCAGUCCUCGCCGACUUGGACAACGUCGAAGAACUUCUUGGGAAGCCGGUCCAAGAAGAACUCUCAGCACAGACGGGCCUCGACGUUGCCUUGGACGCUCUUCUGGACGUAGGAAACGCCACGACGGAACUUUCGUCCCGCGCCGAGACCCUCUUCAAAACCACGGAGAAGGCGCGAACGUCUGGAGAAGAAGUGGGUCGAGAAGCUGGGGAACUUCGUCGACAACUGGAAACGGCCGCGAGGGGAUGUCCGCCUCCCGACCGAGCCCUCUGCGCCACCCUCGACCCCUCAGGACUACACCUGGCUAUCAGACUGGACCGACUUCUGAAGGACGAGCGGCUCCUCCGACUCCGGGGAACCGGAAGAGAAAAUUUGACGGAAUCCGGGCGUCAGGCUCGAGGCGAAUACCUCUACGUGCCUCAUCACGUGGCUCGAACAACCUUGGACGCUCGUAACGAGAUUCGACGCGAAAUAAGCAACGCCCGAAACAGAGUGACCGAGGAAGCUCGCGGAUUGGACACCAGCAGCACCGAGCUUUCGAAACACUUGGAAACGGCGAGAAGAGUAAUCAACGAAGUGGUUCCUCACCUAGCCACCUUCGAGCAAACCCGUUGGCUGAUCGGCAUCGGUACCGUUCUGGCUGUCUUCAUCGUUUGGAUGCUGCUUCUCUCCGCUCUGUGUUGUCGAUGUGGAGCCACGGAGGACAAGGUGCGACCUACGUUACUGAGUGCUGUUAUCCUGAGCUGCAUCGUCUCCGUCGGUUUGUGGGCGGUCAUCCUGGCGGACCUCACACUUACAACUCAUACGGAGAUGCUGCUCUGCCGGCCACUCCACGAUCCGGAGUACCGGACGGUCGAAGCGCUCCUAGAAACUCGGGGUUUCUUAGAAAAACCCUUAGGCGUCCCUCUCAAAGAAUUACUAAGCAGAUGCGAACAAAACCAGGCCGCCUAUCCCGUCUAUCAUCUCGGCGGUUCGACGACCUUGGAACACCUCACUGCUCAUUGGACUUGGCCUGGACUAGCCAAAGCAAUGCACAAGCUCAAGGUCGAUCUGAAAGGACUCAGAAUACUAACGCCAAACCUGCAGGUCAGACUGCAGAAUCUCCUGUAUGCCUCGGGGUCGAAUCUGACGGAACAUAGAACAAGAAUCCAAGGACCAGUCCUGAACAAGGAUCUCAGCGCGUUGUCCGAGCAGCUGGACAACGUGGCGCGGCAAAUCCGAGACCAUAGUACAGCUCGAAACCUGGACGCUAUAGCAGCAACGGCUCGGAGCCUGCUGGACCGCAAAGUGAGACCCUUGAUGAAAAUGCACGAGGAUCUGGUGUACCAGCUGACCAGUCUGGAGUUGCAGCUCCAGCCGCUUCAGCGGCAAGUCAAUCAGUCGAUAUCGCACCUUAAAACGAUCCAGUUCUACAUCGAUAACCAGGGUGAAAAAAUCGCGCAGAUGAAGACCAAGGCGUACGUCGACAGGAUCGGCAGUUACCUAGACCAGUGGAGAGUUCACGUCCUGGCGGAGAUGGGAACAGGAGUUGCUCGAUGUCGUCCACUCUGGGACGUCAUCGACGGAGUGCGCCUUCUCCUGUGUCAUCACGUGCUGGGUCCUCUGAAUGGAUUUUGGUUUGCCACUGUACUUUGCGCCCUGGUGCUAAUGGCGAGCACUCCUCUUGCCCAUCUACUCGCAUCUGUGCACAAACCGGAAGACAUGAAGAAGGAGACGGUACUGCUUCCCUCCAGGAUGGAGAGUCCAGACACCAUAACUAUGGAUCGGGAAACUUGGCGCACUCCGGAGACACCACCCUCUGACGGCUGGUGAUCAUGGUGGAGCAUAUAUUAUACGGGAAAAUUUCUCCUCGAUAACCAGUCUUGCGUAGCAGACAUCUAGAAUAAAUAUAGUUAUAUACACUGAAUACAUAUGGUUUUAUGACGAAACUAACACCUUUAAUAAAAUUUGAUGCCAAUCC